AUGACUUCUUCGACCGAGCCGUCGUUCAAACCUCCGCCGAUUGUUGUAUGUCUCUGCCAGGAACACUGUCUUGGCAUUGGCAGGAAGAUAUACAAUCCCAGCCAGGUGUGCCCCGAUUGUCUGAAACGACACGAUCCUCAACAACUCCGUGUGUGGGCGGACAACGACACUGCUGCCCUAUCGCUUAUAGACGAAGAAUCGGCACGAAAGCAAGUGCUGAAGCGAAACAUUGAAGCACAUGGUCGCUAUUUUUGCGCCUUCGAAGACCCAGAUUAUCAGCACUGUAGGUGGCGGCAGAGCGAUCUAAAUCUGCGUGGUACCCGUUUGAACUGCAGCUCCGUACGUACCAAGGGUACAGCCUGCGCGAGGUGCUGGAACCGGCAUCUACAGAAGAUCCAAAUCAUACAGUACUUCACGCCAACUGGGCAUUGCCAUGAGGAGGCAGACAAGGCUGUAGCGAGGUUGGAGGGAACGGAGGCGAGCACUGAGGGAUCAAAGACGGUCGAUUGCUCCAUGUUACCCAUCCUUCUGCUUAUUAUGCUAGCGCCACCGAAGCCUCAUUGCGCAUUCGGAGUCGCUUGUGACUCAUCCCCAGAAGGGCAGGAGAAAGGUCCAAACAUUUGCUCAUGGUGCAAAAACAUGAGCUUCGAUGCCUUGUACGAAAAAUCCGAGACACAACCAGAAACACGCUAUAUAAAGCGCCUCAUCGACGCCUACAUGCACCAACUCGAGCGAGACAGCGAAGAACGAAUCAUCAAAGGCUGGUCAUACCUUUGCGCUUGCAAAGACCCGGAGUAUCGAUUCCAAACCUGGCGGCAAGACUUCAACCCAAGAGAUUCACGAGUUUGCGGUACAGUGCGCCAUCGAGGCCAGCUAUGCGCGCGGUGUUAUCGCAAGGCUCUUGAGCAAGACCAAUCAUGGCUUGCACACUUCGAAGGCGACAGGCUUGGAUUUCCGUGUGUUUUCGAGGACCCGCGGUUGAGACGGCAAACUGAUAUGAGUUGGAGGAUUGGACCCGUGGAUGAGUUGGGCCGUCCGGAUCCUUGCUGGGAGAAGGAUUCAAGAAAACAUGGACGAUGUGAGAGGGCGGGACAAAAGAAUCAGUUGUGUCAGAAGUGCUUCAAUCGCAUGUGUGAGAUUAGAGGGUUUGGGAGGUACUUUGACACCGAGUGGGGCACGUUGCGUGAGGGUUUUGGCGUUUAA